AUGGCGUCGCCGUCACCGAAGGCUACCCGAAGACCACAUGCGAAGACUCGUACAGGGUGCCGAUGUGACGAGACGCGACCGUCUUGCCGCAAUUGUACCAGGCGCGGGGUCACUUGCGAUUUCAAUGUCUCGGCUCAGCGUACAGAUUCGAGUCCUCGGGCUGUCCAUAAUGGCGUCGGACAAACGCCUACUCAGAGCGACACUACAUCUCCCAUAGAUACAUCUAUUAGCCACCAGCCUACGCCAAUCGGUUGGUUCAGCAUUCUCGAUCUUGAGCUACUCCAUCACUUUACUACUUCAACAUGCUUCACAUUUUCGGCCGAACCGAUGGUUCGCAACUUUUGGCGUGUCAAUGUUCCAAGGAUCGGAUUUUCUUAUCACUAUGUUCUUAAGGCCAUCCUCUCACUGGCUGCGCUCCACCUCGCCCGCUUCAAGCCCCAACGAAGGGAUGUACUCAUUGAACAAGCGAUGGUUCAUCAUAAUGCAUCCUCGUCAUUGGCGUUACCCGUACUAAACGAUCUUACCGCCAAUGAUUCGGUACCUAUGUUCUUUUUUAGCAUGCUAACAACCUACAUCGGGUUUGCUAGUCCAAAGGAAUCCGAUAAUCUCCUAGUUAUCUCUGAUGGAGUCAUGCCUGAAUGGUUAUUCCUUUUCAGGGGUAUGCGCAGCGUGAUAGAGAUCAACAGCGUAGCCAUACACUCCAUCAUAUCCUUAGGCUUCAUAUUCAACACAGGGAGGCAGAUGAACGAAAUUUGGGAAGCGAAUGUCCCGCCGGAACAUGAGGGGUUGAAAGAACUCGAGAGUACCGUCAGGUUCUACGUCAAAGACCCUCACAAACUAGAUGAACUCUCUCGUGGGAUAGAGUCGUUGAAGCGAAGCUUUGCAUUCUUCUACGGUGGCAAUUACAACGACGACCAACGGUUAAGAGCCGCUUUCAUGUGGCUAUUCAAGCUUCGCGAUAAUUUCGUGAACCUCCUCAAGGAGCGCGAUAACGAGGCACUAUGCGUGCUCGCCUUCUUUUGCGUCUUGCUUCAGCGCCUGGAUUAUACAUGGUGGAUUGAGGGCUGGGGAGUUCACUUAGUCUCAAGGAUAUACUCCGUGCUGGACGAUGGAUAUCGGCUGUGGAUUCGGUGGCCGAUUGAAGAAAUUGGCUGGGUUCCAUAG